AUGGCGGACAAGCAGGAGGCCAGCCUGUUCGACUCGUCGUCCGACGACGAUGCCAGCUUUGCUGCUGCAGAAGAAAUCGGCCUUUUGUCGAAGAAAUCCUUGUCGAGGUCGCAUCGACGCUCGUCUUCGCUGCACGUCUUUGUCUCGUCUACUAAACGGACAUUUGGAGAAACCGUGCAAGAUCUGGAUUUCGUUCACAAUGCGCUGGCUAUCGCUCUGCUUGCAGUGCUGUGGCAUUCAUUCUCUUUGGCCAUUUCUAUAUACAACAAAUACAUGUUCUCCGGAGAGAUCAUCUCUUUCCCCUUCCCUAUCUUCAUGACCAGUCUUCAUCAGGCCGUGCAAUUCGCCCUCGCCUCUCUCUUCCUCUAUCUCAUUCCUUCUCUUCGACCCCAGCGACUGACACUGCCGCCGUCUUCCGUCCUGCCCGGUGUCGAUCCCAAGACCGGAAUGAGCAUGACACGCUUUUAUAUCAUACACCUCAUCCCGACAGGUGCCGCGACCGCAUUGGACAUGGGACUGGGGAACAUGUCUCUUCGAUUCUCGUCGCUCACCUUCAUCACGGCCUGCAAGUCAUCCGUGCUGGUCUUCAUUCUACUCUUCGCCUUUCUCUUCGGACUAGAAAGGCCCUCCGCGAGGCUGGUCCUCAUCAUCGCCGUCAUGACCGUAGGUGAAGUCAUGAUGGCUCUAGGCGAAGUAACCUUUAGCGUGGCCGGCUUCACGCUCGUCACCAGCUCAGCAUUCUUCUCCGGGUUCCGAUGGGCAUUGUCGCAACUGCUCAUCCUCAAGCACCCGGCCACAUCCAAUCCAAUCUCCAUGCUCUUCUACCUAAGCCCCGUUGUAUUCAUAACUCUCAUCUCACUUUCCCUCUUCAUCGAGGAUCCAGCCGAGAUCCUCGAAGCGUUAUACGCGCUUUCCAAUGCCUGCGGUGCAAAGACCGCAAUUGCGCUGCUGCUCCUGCCGGGCUGUCUGGCGUUUUGUAUGGUGCUGUCUCAGUUUGCGCUCCUGCAGCGCUCGUCGGUGGUGACGCUGAGCGUGUGCGGCAUCCUGAAGGAGGUGGUUAUUAUUGGUGUGGCCGGCAUGGUCUUUGGCGACCAGUUGACUCCAAUCAAUAUAUGCGGUGUGUUGGCUAUAUUGGCCAGUGUGGUUGCGUAUAAUUAUCUGAAGAUUAGCGCUGCGAGACACGCUGCCAGAGAACGGUAUGCCAAUGAAAAAUAUUCAUGA